GCUUAAAAUACCCAAAUUUUCCACAGUAGGAAAUGAAAUUACCCUGUUAGAAAUGUAAAAUAUUUUUGUUUAAGGAAAUAACCAUGGACCAUGGCCUGAUUUUGACUACAAAGUUGUGAAACUACUAACCUUAAAUAAUACAUUUCCUUGUCUGAAAAUGUGGUGUUUCUCUCUCUUAUAUUAUCAAAUGGAACACAUAACCAAGUUUAAAUGUGGAAAAAGCAAUGCAAAGAUGAAUUUGAUUUCAGCUUUCAUGUUUUUUAUUUUUAUGAACUUUGAACAUCCAGGCCCUACAAUCAACUAUUUUAUUUUAGAUUGUACUUUUGACAUGCAUGUUUUAGAUGCAGCUGUUGGUUUGCACUGAGCAGUCCCUGUCUUUUACAAAUUAUCUUCUCACUCAUUUAUAUUAUUAUCCACAUUUCUUAGCUGUUUUUCCUCCAUUCCAGUGCAUGAUCAGCAGUAUUACCCCAAAAUGAAUAUUACAUUUUAGUAAUGGUUCUCUAUUUUGGAUCCAAAGAUUGAGAGCAAAUGGAAGUUCACCUUGCAGUUCUGUUCUAGUCUGAUCAGCCAGUGAUCAUGGUCAUGCCUUACUAAAGCCAAGAUAAUCAUUUGGAAGCUUUAUUACUAAUUUAUUACUGUCUUAUAUUCCCAUUAUGUAAGUCAGCUACAGUGUAUGGACAAAGGUAUUGGGGCAUCUGACCUUUCCAGAAUUAUGCAGUUCUUCCCCAAAUGUUCGCACGAAGUUGGAGACGCACAAUUAUAUAUGAUAGGAUGUCUUCUGAUGCAGAAUUUUACAUCCCAAUGUGCUAAAAGCCAGCUUCAGGAAGAUUAUGCUCUACGUGGUUUUGGAUUGGAAGAUCUUGAGUGGCCUGCUACAGAGCCCUGACCUGAAUUUGUGAUCAUUUACAAGAGCAUUAGUGAAAUCAGGUGCUGAUGUCAGGUGAAGAGGUCUGGGGUUUAGUCGGUGUUCUGCCUCGUUACAAAGGUUCUACAUUGUGUUCUUUCACAAGAAACCGUUUUACACCGUGUCUUUAUUGAGGUUUGUGCCUCUUGGUUGCCAAGAAGCAUGAUUUAACAAUGUACUAAGCUAUUCUAUACAACUGUGUGCUUUAAAGUUGUGCCACCAAAUAAUGCUGCAUGAAGAACUGCUUUAAGUUUUGAUGUACAAGUAAAAAAUAAAUUGGAAUUAACCAGAAUAUGAAGUCGAUAUGAGAAUACAUUUUAAAUAUAUUUCUGUGGAGCACGUCACACUUUUAACACCACCAGACGGCCAUAUCAGGUCGCGAAAACACCCACGUGCAGCGUCGCGCAGACGUAGUGAGACGGUGACGGCGCACGCGGAUGGCGUCACGUGUUGAGUCGAUAUUGGGUUACAAGAAUAUCAUCCGGACAGAACUGCAGCUUUUAACCAGAAAAACAUGUUUUCGGGAUGGAUGCAGAUCUGAUGACACCGCGACCUGACUCCAAAGAUUAUCAGAAUGGAUAUAAAGACCCGGAGCCAGAGAGCAGUGACGAUGAGCCACUUCUCCGCCAGAACAAAAGGCGAUUUGUAAUCUUCCCCAUUCAGUAUCCAGACAUGUGGAAGAUGUACAAACAAGCCCAGGCCUCGUUCUGGACCGUUGAAGAGGUGGAUUUAUCAAAGGAUCUGGCGCACUGGGAAAGACUGAAACCUGAAGAGAGACACUUUAUAUCUCAUGUCUUGGCUUUUUUUGCAGCGAGUGACGGCAUUGUCAAUGAGAACUUGGUGCAGAGGUUCAGUCAGGAGGUGCAGGUUCCAGAGGCUCGCUCCUUCUAUGGCUUCCAGAUCCUCAUUGAAAAUGUGCACUCGGAGAUGUACAGCUUGCUGAUUAACACAUACAUCAGGGAUCUACAGGAGAGGGACUAUUUAUUUAAUGCCAUUGAAACUUUGCCUUGUGUUAAAAGAAAAGCUGAGUGGGCUCUACAGUGGAUCUCUGAUACAAAAUCUACUUUUGGGGAGAGAUUAGUAGCUUUUGCAGCAGUCGAGGGAAUCUUUUUCUCAGGGUCAUUUGCUGCCAUCUACUGGCUGAAGAAAAGAGGUCUGAUGCCUGGACUCACUUACUCCAAUGAGCUUAUCAGCAGAGAUGAGGGCUUGCACUGUAAUUUCGCCUGCCUUAUGUACAGCCACUUGGUGAAAAAGCCAUGUGCAGACAGAGUAAAGGACAUCAUCGUUAAUGCAGUUGGCAUCGAACAGGAGUUCCUGACUGACGCAUUGCCAGUCGACCUCAUUGGGAUUAACAGCUCCUUGAUGAACAAAUACAUCGAGUUUGUGGCUGACCGUCUGUUAACAGAUUUAGGAAUACCUAAAGUCUAUGAGGCGGAGAACCCAUUCGAUUUUAUGGAGUUCAUCUCAUUGGAAGGGAAAACCAACUUCUUUGAGAAGCGUGUGGCCGAAUACCAACGAUUCGGAGUGAUGUCAAAUACAACAGACUUUGAAUUCACUCUCGAUGCAGAUUUUUAAGAGUCAAACUUUUAUACUUAAAAAGACAAAACUGACAAAAGUAUUUUACAGAAUAUGUUACAAUUUCACCAGCAAUCCUAAUCAAAUUGUUAUUUACGUUUAUUUACUUUUCCGACUUUAGAAAGAUUUUAUUUAUUUGUUUUAAAUCUGAUGCAAAAUGUAUGAAUGGGUGAUUAAUGCUCAGAGCUGCAGUAUUCAAACAGUUGUUAUAUUUUUAUUCGGUUGUAUUAUAUUUAUUAGGAUGUUUUUUUGCCAUGUUAGUGUGUUUUAUCCAGCUCAGUAUGCUGCUUAAAGCAGGUGGGUGAUGCCUAUUGAUGCUACAUUAAAAAGAAUAUAAUGUAAUAUCCUGGCAUUAUGAGUACCAAAUCACCUGUAAAUGUUUACAACACAAAAUUAUUUCCUUGUUAGUUUUACAGUUUGUUUUACAGGACAUGCUUAUUGCAGAAGCAUAUUCUAUUUAUGGUACUGAUCCAGUGAAUUGGUACAAAACAAUAAAUAUAGAUUUGUAGAAAA